AUGUCGCGAAUUUCGGAAAUCAGAUUCCGCUCCCGUAUCCAGCUACUCAUUUCGGAAAACCUAGCCUUACAUUUCAAUUACUUGUUAACUGUUUACGAGCAGACUGUCCUACAGAGAAUCAUUAUAGAACCUACAUCAAUCCGCGAACUUGAAUGGGAGGCAAUGCAAAGAUUUGCAAAAAAUCUGAUACAGGUUGCGUAUGAAAGAAAUAUCGUGGGUGCGGAGAAGGAACGUUUGAUUAGGAUGCGUGAUACGUUGGUGAAUAAGAUGCUGAAUAUCACCGACUGUGACGUCUUAAGCGAGAUGCUUUCGAUCCAUUCACCAUUUCUACCCAGCUAUGCGGAUGAUUAUGAGAAGUUAAACACAUAUGUCUCCCUUUUGCGACGUGGUCUUCUAAUGUCUUCGGACAGCAAAACGUUGAGUCGGCAUGCUGUAAGUUUGAUCCUUCGGGCUGUGCAGACAUUUCCUGAGUACUUCAAGGUGGACGAAGUCAUCUCGAAGAUGCAAAUGGCGCAGUUGUUACAAGUUCUUGCCGUAUUAUCUAACUCUAUUGAUGACGAACACGUGAAGCUGGAGUUACUUCGUAUGGCGGCAGGUCCUACCAUAGAAUACCUUCACAGAAUCUCUUGGUCGUUUGAAGAUGUACCUGCAUUCAUCAAGUUUAAUGCCUUCGAUACCGCUCGUACUGGUGCUGAUGAUUCAUCGACAAUGAACAGGAUUGAGCUUCGUCGUGCUCUGACUUGUAUCCAAGGUGUUGUUCAACAGGUUAAUAGUUCCAGCCAACUUGGCACAAUGCUUAUCCCGAUCUAUCCAUGCUUCUUCAAAUUGACGAGGUGCUUGAUGGAACUCCAUCUAGAAAAGAACAAAGCUUUGCUUCACGAGUCGUUUCGUGACAGUCUGACAAAUAUGGUGGCAGCAGAGAAACAGCAAAUAUAUUGCAAGUUUAAUCAUCCUGCUUGA